AUGGUGGUUGAUUAUCUAAAACUCGAUGAAGAGGAGCGGCCUGGCCUUAUCAUGGCUUAUGUUUGGGAGCCCGAUUACACUGGACACCGAGCAACGGGUGAAAAGGUAUAUGAACAAGUACGGUCGUUAGACGCAUCAAUUGAGCGUUUUCUGAACAAGCUUUCUGAAGAAGGCAUGCUAGGCUGCGUUAACAUAGUAAUCGUAUCUGAUCAUGGGAUGUCGGUGAUCAAAAAUCGUGUAGCCUUGGACGAAAUGUUGAAUACAGAUGGUCUCGUAAUCGUGCCAGGUGUCAAUACUUUGAUGUUUCGAAAUGGCUCAAGUGAGUUUUAUUCAUUUGCAUUCAUUCCUUGUAAUGCAUAGAA